UGAAUCAUAAGAACUCAGAGAUAGAGAAAGAUGAAUUCCUGAAGAAGAAGAAGAGAAAUAAUCGUGGAUUACGAGUUUCUGAAAUUGGAAGUUUGGAAAGCUGUUGAUCGAAGUGAGCUUCCAGCCACGGACAUAAUCAAUUAGCUCGCUCUACAAUUCAGACGAUAUUGAAGUGGGAAGCAGCUGCAGGUGACUUCAAGUCAAAUUUGAGAAUGAACAGGUUGGUCUCCAAGAGAGUAGCUUGCUUUAUUUAUCGGCCGGAACUUGCUAAGAGAGCCUUUUGUAGCAAUGUGGCUCCAGAAUUAUCUGCUUCAACACAUGGACAAAUCAGUAAUGAACCACAAAAUAAUACCUUUAAAAAUACCCCCCAACAUGACAUUGUUAUUGUUGGAGGUGGCAUGGUUGGCAUGGCUCUAGCUUGUGCUCUAGCAAACACACCAUUGACAAAACACUUGUCUGUUGCAAUUGUUGAUAAAAAUCCUACUUUGGGGAAGGAAAGCAGCAUCAGGAAUGAGGAUCCCCCAGAUCCCAGGGUCAGUACCAUCACCCCUGCAUCUAUGUCAUUUCUCAAAGAUAUUGGUGCUUGGAAGUAUGUUGAACAACACAGGCAUGCUUAUUUUGACAAGAUGCAGGUAUGGGAUUAUACUGGAUUAGGGUACACAAGGUAUAGUGCAAGAGAUGCAGAUAAAGAAGUACUAGGCUGCGUUGUGGAGAAUAAAGUCCUUCAUAGGUCUCUCUAUUCAUGCACACAGGAUGCAGAUUCAGAAAAGACAAUUUAUCCAUCAAGAUUAUCUUCAUUGUCUGUGUCUCCAAGCUCGUCAUCCACUCAAGGGGGUUUAGCUAAAUUGGAACUUGACGACAACACUAGCUUGUUUGCAAAGUUGGUGAUUGGUGCUGAUGGUUCCAAGUCACACGUCAGACAAUUAGCACAAUUUGAAACAACUGGAUGGAAUUACUCACAAAGUGCAGUCAUCUGUACAGUAUUACAUAGUACAAAAAAUGGAUGUGCAUGGCAGCGAUUUCUCCCUGCCGGUCCCAUUGCACUUCUACCAAUGGGUGAUAAUUUCAGCAACAUUGUCUGGACAAUGAAUCCGAAAGAGUCUGCUGAUUACAAGUUAAUGACAGAGGAGGAUUUUGUUACAGCCAUAAAUCACGCUCUAGACUACGGUUAUGGCCCUCAUCCUAGAUCAGAGUUACUGAACAUGGGAAGUAUGUUUUCUUGGCUUAAAGCAGAUGUGACAUCAUCAGCUAGUCAGCAUUUUGAAGUUCCACCAAAGGUGGUGAAGCUGGCUUCUGAAAGAAUGGUGUUUCCAUUGUCGUUGAUGCAUGCUAAUAAAUAUGUGUCGAAGCGUUUAGCUCUUGUUGGAGAUGCUGCGCAUACUGUUCAUCCCUUGGCAGGUCAAGGGGUAAAUAUGGGAUUUGGAGAUGUAUCUGUUCUAUCAAAAAUCAUUGCUGAAGCUGUUGCAGUAGGAUCUGAUGUGGGAGAGGUCUCUCUUCUGAAGAAAUAUGAAGCUAAUCGAAAAGUAGCGAAUAUUUCAAUGAUGGCAAUAUUGGACAGCGUUCAGAAGGCUUAUUCGGUUGAUUUUGGGCCUCUAAAUGUUGCGAGAGCGGCUGCUUUCCACGGGGCACAACACAUUUCAUUGCUGAAACAGAGCAUUAUCUCAUAUGCAUCAGGUGAUGGGAGGCUACCUCUUUUUCCAUGAAGAUAUAUAAGGAGGAUAAUCAUCAUUUUCCAGUGAUCUAGUUCAAAUAGUUGUUGGCAACACUAUUUAAGCUUUGUAUAUUUGGUUCAUGUAUGACUGUCAGGUUUGCUUCUGUCUGCAUUUGACAGGAUUGAUUCAGGGAGACCUUAUCCUUCAUGUUUUUGUUAAUUCAGUUACGUUGGAAAUGUUAAAUACUUAAAAGCUGAAAUAACCCAUCAAACCUGUAAAAAACAGCUUAGAUUACCUACGUAUUUUUAAAUUGUCCCAAUUUGAGUUCUUGUUAUUUUUUUCUU